UUCUACACUUUAAAAAUAGUCAAUUUUUCACACUUUUAAAACGUUUUUUUUUUUAAUUAUAUAAUUUUCUUUUUCAAAUGUUUUCUGGUUGUUUUUGGACUGUUUUAAUUUGUCGUAUGUCUGGAUGUGAAACAGUUUCCUGACAAGUAUCUAAUAUUUUUAUGCUUUUUAAAAUUAAUUUUCUGGCUGUUUUCAGGUUAAAAGCUUUCAAACGAUUUCUAAUGAGUCUCCAACCCGGACAGGAAGUAAUUUAAAACUUAAAGUCUAAGAAAAUAAAAGCAGGAUUUAAAGCAGCAGGAAAUUCAACUUUGACAUAUUGCUGUUUCCACAAUCCCUUAAUUUAGCUUUUAUUUCAUGCAUGGCAUGAAUAUGUUUCUGUGACUGUUGUUUCUGAGGAACAUUUACAAUUUAUAGCUGCUGCUGUUACCUUUUGUUUGCUUUAAAAAUGGCGGAGAAAAGAAAACAGAACGAGGGAUCUUGAACGGUUGCCAAGAUAAGCAAAUCAUAAAGAUCCAAACUAAAUUAUUAACUCUGAAUGACUAACUGGUCAAACACAAAUUUUAUGAAGACAGUAGCUUUUGUAACUCAUUUAACUCUGUUUUAUUAAAAAAAAAACAUAAUUUAAAAAGCAAAUUGAGUUUUAAAAAAUGCUUAGUAAAGUAUUAAAAAAAUCAAAAAAUAUCUACAAUUCAAGAAACUAUUUAAUUCAUGCAUUUUGCAGUUGUAAAUGACCUGUAGAUGGCGCUGUUCUGAAACGUCAGUCUGCGUUUUAUUUUGACAGGUUCGCGGAAGCGGAAUGAUUUGUUUCGGUUGUGCUCACGCGGGGACUUGUCAAAGCCGCGCUGACAAGCAUCGCACGCGCCUCUUUUGGCUUCUGAUGCUGCGCCGCGGACGCCGCUAACUUCUCGGCUGUGCUGCGGUCUGACCCGGGGAGGACGGAGCCGGAUUUGGAGCCAAGUCCGGAGGGAGAGAAGAGGACUCCUCGUAUGAGCGCUCUGCUCGGCCUCUUUCUGAAGCUUUCCAGCCUUUCCUGAUCCUGAUGGAAGCCAGAGGGAAGUAUGAGUUCUCUGCCACGGCGGACGACGAGCUGAGCUUCAGGAAGGGCGACAUCCUGAAGAUCAUAAGCUUUGAAGAGGAGUGGUGCAAGGCGGAGAUCAACGGACAGGAAGGAUUCAUUCCAAAGAACUACAUCGAGAUUCAGCUUCCAGCGUGGUUCCAGGAGAACACCAGCCGCAGCGGCGCAGAAGAGAUCCUGAGGCACAGAGACGUGGGAGACUUCGUGAUCCGAGGCUGCCAGACUUCUCCCGGAGACUUCUCCAUCUCCGUCAAGCAUGAGAGCGACGUGCAACACUUCAAAGUCAUGAGGGACAACAAGGGCCAGUACUUCCUGUGGUCGGAGAAGUUCAUGUCCCUCAACAAGCUGGUGGAGUUUUACAAAAACACGUCCAUCUCCAAAACCAGACACAUCUGCCUGAACGACGGCAGCUCGAACAGCCGGAGCCCCGCCUCCGCACAGCAGGUAAAGAGGGGGAGUUUACCUGAGCAACGCAACCCAGCAGCCGCCGUGGCUUCAUCGGGGCGCAGAUCUUCAGACCAGACUUCCAACCAGCUGGUGAAGAGGCCGGUUCUGGAGGAGCGAGCUCACACCAUCGGCCACACCGGCAGGAACAGCCCCGCCAGCCCCGCCAGCAUGACUUACCCUCCUCAGCGCAGCCAGCAGCAGGCGUCGGCGCUGAUGGUGAGGGCGCUGUACGACUUCACCGCCGAGGAGGACGACGAGCUGGGGUUCUGCGCCGGCGACGUCAUCGAGGUGAUGGACCGCUCCGACCUGUCCUGGUGGAGGGGGAGGCUGCAGGGGAAAACCGGCUUGUUUCCUGCCAACUACACCGUCAUGCUGUGAGGAGAGGGCCGUGCACGCCGCGGUUUGCAUGUGCACGGCCGCCGGCGUGCUCUGCAGAGGACUGUCUGCAGGUUUUAUAUGAACUUGAAUCCACAGCAGGAAGAGCUGCAGAGGAUUUCACCCUUAGAGGUGCGGGCAGGUAUUUAUUUUCUGAUGAAUCAGCUCCUUCCGCUCCGUUUUCACUGUACAAAUGACAUCAGUGUAACUUCCUCUCAGCUUUCUGACUCAGAAAUAAACAACUUUUUUUUACAAAUCUUCUCGUUUUUGGUGAGAAAUGAUUGAAAAUCAGGAAAAUCAGUUUCUGAUCAUUUUCUGACCCUGAACACAAAAAUAACUAAAGUUUCUAGAGUUGACAUUUAAAUAAAAUGUACAGGAAUUUGCAUUAAAACCACCAUUAACGUUCAAUCCUCUGGAAUAAAAAAAGAAAAAAAACAUGUUGUUGUAAUUCAUUUUAUUGAGCUUUCCACAAAAAAGCUGAUUUAUUUUGUGUGGUUCAUGCUUAAAGAGUGUUCUUGAGAAUGAACUGGUUGUUUAAUAAGUUUAUAUGCAUAAAGGCUUUUCUCAAAACUGGUUUUCUUGUUGUAAAAAAAAAAAAGUACUGGAGAAGUAAUAGUGAUCAGUUUUCUAUAAAGACCCAUUCCAAUGAAAAUUUUAAACAUGUUCUAGUGGGAUUUUUCUCAGGAUGGAGGACAUUUAUUAUAAAUAUUAAGCUAAAAAUUGCAUUCUGAUGGGAAGGGGAGCGGUAUUGCUCCAACAGUCCCGUCUAAAGAAACUAUCUCCUAAAAA